AAGAAGAAGCCCAUCGCCGACUUUUUCCUGUUAUUCUUUUUCCUAACACACAAGUUGGUUAGUUUCGCUAAGAAUCCGCUUUAUUUGUAACUAACACUUUUUAAAAUAUAAUAAUAAUAACGGUACAUGUUCUCUAAAAUCGCUUAACGAAUCUGACAAGUGGUCAGAUUCAGCGAGAAAGUAGCUAAUUUGAUUGCAGCGCUACUGUGGUCAAACCCACAGCCUGACAGAGAGAGGAUGCCGGCUGGAGAGGAGACAUAUGGCGUCAACAAAGUUGUUGACAACAUAUGCAGGCUUUCUCCAGAUCUGUUAGCAGAAGCGUGUCAGCACAUACUGACUUAUCUUCAAGGGCAGAGGAGAGGAGUAGAUUCAGCUGAAAUUUCUGAUAGAUUUCAGCGAGCCGAAGUGAGAUUUGAUCAUGAAGCUCUGCAGGACAUUAUCCGAUUUCUCUUGCUAACAUUCCGGUCAGCUGGGAGGAGCAACAGCUCUGCGGAUGAACUUGUGUCAAAGCUGGAAGAAGGCUCUAACAAGUGGUCCAAAGCUUCCCUUCAGGUGUUGCACAGGUUGUGGAGUGAACAUGGUGCAUUGGUCCACUCUCAGCAGGAGGCCCAGGCCAUGCUUAGCAUCAGUCAGUUAGUGGACAUGCAGUGGAAACUGGGCAUGGCAGUGAGCUCAGACACCUGUCGAUCUCUCAGCUCCCCAUAUGUGUGUGUGCUGCUGAAGAUUGUUGAGCCUUCAGGACAGAUCUGCCAGAGGUCUUUUGAGAUGACCGUCCCGCAGUUCCAGAACUUUCACAAACAGUUCAAGGAGAUGGCGGCUGUUAUGGAGACUGUAUGAUUGUUAGCAUACCUAAGUGCUUGUCACAGUUACACCCAGUUUUAUGUGUAACCAAGAAAAGUUUGACAUAAGUGUUUGUUCGCUGGCUGACUCAGAACAUCAACUCUCAGCUUUGUAUUUGUAUUUUCCCAGAUUGCAUAACCUCCUAGAUGACAAUACUUUUGUUGUCUUGCCUCGGGUUAGCUUAGGGUUAUGCACUGUAUAUUUAAAGUAAGCCAGCAAAAACCCAACUAAUAUAUUUGUUGCCAAAUGUUUGUGAAGUGGUUGAAACAAAUCAGUUUGUAAUAAACUUUUGUUUGCCUGUC